GCGACCUCCCGCUCCGCCCGCCCUCCCCGCUGCUCCCCGGUGUCCCGGUCAUGGCGGCCUCCCUUCUGCUGCGGCGAGGACCGUCCGCGGCGCUGAAGACUGUGCUCCAAGAAGCACGAGUGUGUCGGGGACUUGCUUCCACGGUUUCUCUCUCUGCAGAAUCAGGGAAGACCGAAAAGGGACUGCCGCCGAAUUCCAAGAGGCAAAGCCCACCAAAAAAGCCCGCUCAAGCCGCCAGCCCCGCCGAGCCGUUCGAUAAUUCCACGUACAGGUAUCUCCAGCACCAUGACUACACCCCGUACACCUUCUUAGACCUCAACCUGGACCUGUCCAAGUUCCGGAUGCCCCAGCCCUCUUCCGGACGGGAGUCCCCUCGCCACUGAGCGCUCCCUUGACAGAAGAAAGCUUCCGGUGUCUGGGCAGCAGAAUAAAACCCGCUCCGGUCAUGCCGUGCGUAAUCUAUGUCCGUUUGACAGCGAACAGCGAAUUCGCAGCACUUUGUGUAGUUGUGCAUUUAGAAGCAUCUGUACACGGGGGUUUUCCCCCGUGAGCCGUAGCCUCAAGAGAGUUGUAGGCACCUUGCAUUGCUGCGAUCCGCUGUGUCUGGUCCCUGGUCUGUCGUUAGUCUGUCUCACCAGCUUGGCAUUGGUAAAUGUAGUGAUACCUUCGGGUUUGGCAGACCUAGUUCUUAUGAAAACCAGACUAGGAGUUCUACUGAUUCUAACCACUGUACUGCAAAGAAAAUAAACAUUGAGUUAUAGCACUUCA